AUACAAUUUAUAAUGCACUAAGCUUAAUAAUGUUUUUUUUAUAUAGAAAAAAUAAUUACGAAUUUAUAUCUUGUUAAAGAAAAAAGAAUUGUUGAGUGAAAACAUUAUUUUUGAAAACAUAGCUUCCUAUAACAGAACGUCGUGUUUCUGCGAUGUUUAAAACUAUAAAUACUUAUAACUUGUAAUUCUUCUAAACUGGUACAACAUCAAAUUAUAUAAUGAGCAUUUUUAAGAUACAAAGGUGGGAAAAUGUCAACGAUAUGGUAAGUGGCAAGUACUACAAUAAAUCCGAGCAUUCCAUUGAAUGAAAAAUUAAAAUUUGUGCAUGUUUUUUUUUGUAUUGGAACAAUAGAAACACGAACAAGCUAUUUGAUACGCGGUUGAUGAACGCAUUUAUUUUUGUUGUAACAGUGUCUUGAAUUUACAGCAGGUUUUCCUAGGUAAAAACCACUACUUGACAGUAUCUACAAGGAUCAAAAUCAAAUUAUUUUUUUAACUUCUUAAGCAAUAAACAAAAAAAUAAUACGUUAAUUAAGAGUUAGUAUGUUGUAAAAGUUGAGUAAAAAAAAAAAGAACUGAUCUAUUUGCGAAAUCCUCUUGUCUCAAAUGCUUACGAUUUCAUGAUUUCUGCCCCAAGCAGACCAGAAGUAAGGACUAGAUUCAACGGUGUACUCAUUUCCUGGCCGAAAUUUCAUUGUAGAUCAGUUAAAGUUUCUAUGUAAAUUUACAUGUUGGGAAUUUUCGUUUGGUUAACUUUUUUAAACUUUUUUGCAUUAAUAAAUGUUAAUAAAGUGACAGGCACCUCUAUAACUAUUGAGUCAUCUUCAAGAUUUCUUAAUUUAACAUCACGUGUAGUGCAUGUUAGAGAGAGGGUUUCAAUCUAUAAUGCUCAAAAAACACCAACACAGUAUAUUUAUAUAGUGUUGCCAAGUGAAAUAAAGGACAAUUUAGGACAUAUCGUUUUAAAUAGUGACAACAACAGUGUUUCAACUCUAACGUUGAUUCAGGAUGAAUCUGAAAAAAAAAAAAUUUUGAAAAUAAAAGAUAUAGAUAAAUUUCUUCUUUUCCGUGUUCCAUUUAUUAUUCCUGAAGAAAAAUUGAAAACGUAUACUCUCGAAUAUUACAUUGGUCGAUUAAUCAGAACAGUGAAUAAAACAAGUGAUAUCUGGACUGAUCAAUUAGUGAGGUUUGCGGAUCAUGGUCAGACUCUAUCACCUUAUACAGUUUUAAAACAAAAAUCGGUGUAUCAAAUACCACGAAAUUCAGCUCGUUAUGUUAAGGGAGUUAACAAAUUUUCUAGUAAUGUUUAUUACAAAGAAAUGACGACUCCUAUACCAUCUUUAGUAUUAGAUAAGAACAAUUCGGUGUAUUUAGAGUUUCAUUUAGAAAAGCAUUUAGGAUAUUUUCAUAGUGUCGAACGUGUCAUUGAUGUUUCCCUAUGGAGUCCUGUUCUGAUUAAGGAACGUUACGAAUUUGAAAACGAGGGCGUGCGCUUGGAAGGAGAAUAUUUUCGAAAAUAUGUUGAUGAUAUGAUUGGAACCCGUUUAAGACGUUUAAGAGAUGGAAAAACUAUUCUUAUUGAGAAUAAAGUAUGCUUUCAAUUAUAUGGAACUAUGCCAAAACAAGCCUACCGUCUUGAUUAUUAUGAUGAGAUUGGAAAUAUAAGUUCUUCUUAUGCUAGCCGUAAAGAAAACUCCGUGUCAAUAAUUGUGAACCCUCGCUAUCCGGUGUUGGGUGGUUGGAAGGCUGAUUGGUUUAUUGAUUAUCGUUUACCCGCUUCGUCAGCAAUGCAAGUUCUUAAGAGUAGUAGAGAUAAAAAAGAGCGCUAUCGUGUCAGUAUACCCUUAGGUCCUUCCAUCAUGGAUGUCUACUCUAAAAAUCUACUUAUUCAGUUAAGAUUGCCUCAAGGAGCUGAGAAUGUGGAGAUAAAAACACCAAUGGUCUUAGCGAAUGAUGUUGUUGUUGAAAAAUAUUGGGGAUGGCUUGACUUUUUAACACCGCGCUCUGUUAUGCAUUUAAAUUAUGGGCCUUUUUUUGUUCCGUGGCAACAUCAUUUAAAUACAAAUCUUUUGAUUGAAUACGAAGUAACGAGUAGUUUCGUUUAUAAAUAUCGAAAAAUUAUUGGAUCUUUCUUAAUGUUUUUGGUUCCUUUCUUUUUGUGGAUGCUACCUAUAAAUUUUUUUGUGUUUAAAAAACAUAUGGAAAAAUCGGUGGAUUUACUUUAUUUAAACAAUGGCGCUUUAGACGAAACAAUUAAUGUAAUUAAGAAAUUCCAUAUCGAAACGAGUAAACUUUGGGAUUUAAACCAGGCACCAGUGAAAAGCAAAUUUAGAAGCGAAGCUUUACAAGAGUGGAAAAUUUUUUCAGAUAAAUGUUUAAAAUUUUUAUCAAACAUUAUAACAUCUAUGAAAAGCUGUUACCAAGCACCUGUAGUGUUGCUUAGUUGUCUUGUGGAAAUUCAAAAUUCACUCAUUCAAAUGAAUUCUUUUAUGGACCGCGUUGGUUUGAUUUGGAGUCAAAAUAAAAUUCCUUCUUUGCUUUUAAAAAAACAAUGGUCGUUAAUGGAUGAAAAAUAUGUGUCCAAGAUUCGUGAACUUUCUUCAUUAAAAGAGUUUCUUAAAAAAGACGAGAAUUAAUUUUUUUCAAAUUGUUAACAAUGAAUUGGAACGUCAAUUUAAAGUUUACAAAGCAUAUUAAUUUUUUUUUCUAAAUUCGUAUUUGUUUUCGUCAAUUUUUUUUUUUUUAAAGUGUCGUACUUUAAUCGCACUGCGCUUGUAUAAAAUAAAAAGAAAAUUUUAGACAGGUGAAUUAUAAGUGUUUUACUUUGAGUUUUCAUGUUAGUGAACGUUUAAA